ACUUUAUCCCCUAUGUUUAAAAUGUGGGAUACAGAUGAACUUGGAUGAUUGGAAGCCAAAGGAGACAUUUCUAUGACUACAGUGAUCUUUCUUAAAAAGAAAUAUCUGUUAUGUAUGGAUAUAAAUGGUAAAGUUCAUUAUAAUGGGUGCAUGCGUUGUCAAAGUUAGCUGCCACCAUUAAUGGUUAGUUGUUAGCAGCAUUAAUGGUAGUUAGUUGGUCGUUCGCUGCUGGAAGGUCAAAAAUGGAGGUGAGCUGAGUUGUUGGCCAUCCUCAGCCUAUAAAUAGAGAGCCCAGGAAAGCAAGCAGCACCAGAAGAAGCAGAGUAGAGGGAGAGCCGCCCUUGUGGGCCGCAGCAGCACUGCACUGAGUAGGAGAGAUGGGAGUUGGUAGAGAUGAGGUGUCCCUCCUCCUCCAUCUCCUCUAUUGAUGCAAAAUGUUGUUUUCUCCUUAUGGUUGCUACGUGGACACAGGCAAGUUGUUGUCGAGCCAUAUUAAAUCGUUGUGUUCCACCUCCAAUGGGCAAAGAGAUCGCACCUCAGAUCCCAACAAUAUCAGCUGGUCCAGUUUGGUUGGUGAAUAAGACAGGUUAAUUAUUUGGUUGCUUCUGGGGCUUCAAGGAAUAAAUUAAGGUUUCUUUUGGGAGUUGAAAGAUUGUAGGGACAUUGAAGAAGUUGGAUUUGGCAAGGAAAUUGGUUAUUGGUAAGGUCCCCAAAUCAGUUUCUGGGCUGGAAAGUUUGAAUUUGAGUUACAAUCAUCCUCGAGGACAGCUUCCAGCAACAAAUUCUCUGUUAGUGCGUUUGUGGGUAAUGACUAGCACUCAAGAUGCCCUAAAUUUGUUAUACUUUCUUUUUUAAUGGGGGUAAAUUAGACUAGGAAUGUUCGGCUGAUAAAAGAAUAUUAUACAUUAUACAAUAACACUGAAAGAAAACGAUUUUUACCGUGCAAUUAUUGAGCUCCCUCUCUAAAUGAACUCUGAAUAGUGCUUUUUUUUAUUAAAAAAAAAAAUUGUCACUAAGCUUUUUUUUUUCAGUUUUAUACAUUCGGUGUUUGAUGAUAUUUUACUUGUUGAUAUUCUUUUCUUGUAUUUUCUUGAGAACUCAUUGUGUAUGAUAAAAUUUCAAAGUUGAAUUUGAGGCUAAUUUCAUGAAAUAAAAUUAAAAUUUAUAGUAUUAAAAAAAAAUUAAAAAGAAGGGUCAAAAUAAGAAAUCAAACAAAUAACUUAGGCUUUUUUAAAAUUUUCACAAAAGAUUCAUUUUUUCCAAAGAUUUUCCAUUAGUAUUUUUGGUCCUUUUAGUUUUAAGAUUUUACAUUUACAUCUUAAACUUCUUCUUUCUUUUUUUAGACCAUGAGUUUUAAGAAAGGAGAGAGAAAAAAAUAUCAAUCUUAAUAUCGUUGGAUUGCUCAGGACUCAAAAAAAAAUUUAGAUUCGGUUUAAUUUUUAUAUAUAUACAUAUAGAUAUAAAGAUAUUUUGAUGUCAAAAUGAGUUUAUCUAGGUAUCUAGCUCUCUCUUUUUAUACAUCCUUUUAGUUUUUUUUUAGUUUUUUAUAAAAUAAUAAGUAAAAAUCAUUAUAAAUAAAACAUUUCAAAUUAUAUUUAAAAUAUUAUUUCAUUAAAUUCCAUUCAAUUUUAUCUUUGUUUUCUAAUAAGAUUAUAAUAUUUUGUUUUUAUAAUAUUAACAAUUGUUUCAUUAAUUAUUAUAUAUAAACCUAAUAUAUGUUUUUAAUUAUAAUCAUGAAUAUUCAAUUAAAAUAAAGCUUAUAUAUUUUUUACAAUUUUUUAAUAUAAUUUUUCUUACAUGAUUUUCUCAUACUAAAUAUUUUUUCCCUUUAAUUGCAUACAAUUUAAUUGAAUACAAAAUAUCGUGAUAUUUUAUUUUUUAUUUUUUAUUUUUGUUAAAACUUACUUUUUAAAUAAUGAUAAGUUUUCAAUUUAAAACAUUAUCUUUAUGAUAAAAAAAAACAUGUUUUUUUUUAUAAGAAAUUAUUUUGAUUUCCUUUACUUUUAAUUAAAAAAAAUAAUGCUAUUAAUAAAAAAAUACUUUGAUAAAAAUGCAUGAAUAAAGUUAUAUUUUUUUAAAAAAAUUAAAUUAUAGUGAUCUUUUUGUAUAAAUAUCUAUUUUAAUUAUAAAAAAACUAAAUAAAAAAAGGCUUUAAAAAUCAUCCUUGCUGCCAUAUAUCUUAUGUUUCCCUUUACAAGUUGAAUUCAAAAUAAUCCAUCACAACAUUAAUUUUUAAGUACUGCCACAACACGAGUAAGCUGAAAUGCAGAUUAGUAUUCUCUAUUUUGCUCCAUAGACUAAAAAAACUAAGCUCAAACAUGAGUUCAAUCUCAAAAUGGAGUCAGAUUAAUGAUUGAGAUCGAACAAUAUAUAUACCAGUGAUGCUUUUGAGAGCUGAAUGAAAUCUCAACACUUGAUCAUUUAUUUAAUUACUUGUAAUGUUAUUACAAAUAAGAGCUUGAUUAUUUCAAGAUUCUGUAAAUUUGUUGUGUAUAAAUGACGAUUUAUAUCCAAUCUUUAACACCAUAGACUUAGAAUUACAAGUAUUUCAUUGAGCUUAAUCAAACUCGAAUCCCGAACCUUCAAUUUUCAGUACCUAAAUAUAUGCCCUGUCGAAUUAUACAAAAAGAAAGCAGAUCUACCAACAGUUUCAUGGUCAGAUGAUCGAAAUGAGAUGCCCCAACAAAACUGGGGUUUGAGCUUAACUUUUUUAGAAAGGCGAGGCCUGCUACUUUGGCCUCAAACAGCCAGACAUGCCAAGAAGAAGAUGGCAAAUUUGUUCCUUUUUGUUUUUUCUUAGAAUGGAACAGGCGAAAGAGCGGGUGGCAUUUAAAGAAAAAGAGGGCCAAAGAAGGAAGCUUCAAUUGGGUCAUAAAGACAAGUCCAGUACUAAAAAUGGUCAUCUUCUAACGUUAUUAUCUAGAAAGAAGAUUCCAAGUUUCUCUCUUUCUCUGACUUCUCUGCUUUUGUGAAGUUUGGUGAUACCAGAUAAUCGACCUUGAAGUGCAAAUGGGAACCCUGUUGAUGUGCUUUUCCAGUUGUUUGUGCUUCUUCCUUCUUGUUAUUCUCCUCAAGUUUCUUAAUAAAGUAUGGUGGGCUCCAAUUCGAGUCCAGUCUUUGAUGAAGUCACAAGGAAUUGAAGGUCCUCCUUACAGAUUCCUGUACGGUAGUACCACAGAGAUUCUCAACAUCAUCAAUGCAAUGGAUGGCAGUUCCCAGGAGCUGUCACACAAUACAUUCGCUAGAAUUCUUCCUCAUGCAUAUUCUUGGGUCAAGGUUUAUGGGAUGAACUUCCUCUACUGGUAUGGUCCUCAACCUCACUUAAUGGUCACUGAACCUGAGCUGGUUAAAGAGAUAUUGAGCAAUAAAGAUGGAGAUUACAAAAAAAUCCCAGUUGAAACUCAUGUAAAGAGGUUGCUAGGUGAUGGACUUGUAACGUCAAGUGGCGAAAAGUGGUUUAAAAUGAGGAAACUGGGAAACCAAGCUUUCCAUGGAGAGAGCUUGAAAGGUAUGAUUCCAGAUAUGAUUGCUAGUGUUGAGGUGAUGCUCAAAAGAUGGAGAAACCAUGAAGGCAAGGAGAUUGACACGUUCCAGGAAUUCAAGGUUUUGACAUCAGAAGUAAUAUCCAGGACAGCUUUUGGAAGCAGCUACUUGGAAGGGCAGCAUAUAUUUGAUAUGAUAAUGAACAUGAUUGACAUUAUUUACAGAAACAAUUAUAGAAUCAGCAUUCCUUUCAUUGGAAAAAUUUUCAAAUCAAGCGAUGAUAUUGAAUCAGAGAAUCUGGAGAAAAGGGUAAGGGAGUCCAUCAUAAAGAUGAUGAAGAAAAGAGAGGAAGAGGCAACGUCUGGACAUCUGGAUGGCUAUGGGAAUGAUUUCUUUGGAUUACUUUUAAAGGCCUAUCAUGAUCCAGACAAUAGCAAGAAAAUAUCAGUGGAUGACCUAAUUGAUGAGUGCAAGACCAUUUAUGUUGCUGGACAGGAAACAACAACAAGCCUGCUCUCUUGGACUGUUCUUCUUCUAGCCAUUUGCCCAGAUUGGCAAGACAAGGUACGGAAGGAGGUGCUUGAGCUAAUUGGCCAACAGAAUCCAAGUCCAGAUCGCAUGACAAAAUUGAAAAUUAUGAGCAUGGUUAUCAAUGAAUCUCUACGGCUAUAUGCUCCUUCUAAUUACUUGGCAAGGAAAGUUGACAAGGAAGUUAGACUGGGGAACUUAAUCCUACCAGCUAACAUGGAAAUCUACAUGUCGACUCUAGCCCAUCACUAUAAUCCUGAAAUAUGGGGAGAAGAUGUUCAUCUUUUCAAACCAGAAAGAUUUGCAGAGGGAGUGGCUAAAGCUACAAACAAGAGUAUUGCUACAUUUUUUCCAUUUGGUAUGGGGCCUCGAACUUGUUUGGGCUUCAACUAUGCCAUUAUAGAAGGAAAGAUUGCACUCUCCAUGAUCCUGCAGCGUUACAGGUUCACUCUUUCGCCAACUUAUGUCCAUCACCCAGUUCAUCUUCUCACAGUGUGUCCAAAGCGUGGUAUUCAAGUCAUUCUCCAGCCAUUAUAAGCAUGGUAUUUACGUCAUCCUCACCCUGCACCUUGCUUUAUCAUGUCUAUAUCAAAUUUCUUGUAUGUGGUUUAAACUUUCAGAAAUAAUAGACUGAAUGGCUUAGAACUUUUUAUUCUUAUAA